AUGGAUGUUGACUUGUUGAAAUCCAUCAAUGAAAGGCUUGCCAAACUUGAUAUCUUUGAUAUACUACGAGAGGACAUCAAUGCAUUAUGUGCCAGUCUAGAAUUCAGCCAAUGUCAGAUUGAUGAUCUAAGGAAAGAGAACACGGUGCUGAAAGGUCCUGUAGACUCUAUUCACGGAAGGUGGAGGUGGUGCAAAGGGAGAACAAACAACUUAAAGAAACCUUGCUUGAUGUACAUUGUCGAUCAAUGCGGGACAUCUCAUCUUUUCAGGGAUACCGGAAAAUGACAACAGCAGAAGCUGUGAGCACUUUGUCUGAGACUUUAUGUCAACUCAACUGAAACUGCCGUAAUGUCACUUUCUCCAGAGUCCAUAGAAUGAGUAAGGCCUCUGGGAAUGGGCCACUGGCUAUUAUUGCAUGUUUUGAACAUUUUAAGCAAAAGGAAAUGGCAAAGAGCAGGGGUAGAGAACUCAGAAACACUGAUUUUGGAAUGAAUGAUCACUUCCCCACGGAGAUCAAUGAAAGGAGAAAAAAACUGUAUCCCAUCAUGAAAGAAAAGUGUUGCCUGAAUCAACGAGCCUCCUUGGUGAUGGAUAAACUUUACAUCAACGGGAAUCUGUAUCGGGACUCUAGAGUAACUCCCUGGCUAUUUUAA